CGUUGCUCCAUUUUGACGGCCAUUCGCUAUAUAUAUUAUCCGGGUCGCAGGGCACGCCAUAGCCUCGCUACUUCAGGCGACGCCUCUGAUCCGAUCGGAGCAGUCCAUGGACCUCCGGCUCCGGCAGCACACCAUCCAGCUCGGUGCGACUCAUGGCGCAGCGGCGACGCAGCCGGGCGACGGUGGCGCGAUGAGCUCCGAGCUGUACCUCGCCGUGUGCGGGGGGAAGAAGGAGGAGGCCAUGGCGCUGCUUCGCCAGCUGCACCACGGCGGCUCUGCUGCGGAUGAUCGGGCUGCUGGCAUACACCUGGUGAGCGCAAAGAGGAACAAUGUUCUUCACUUAGCCGCGGAGCACGGGCGCGACGAGCUCAUCCAUCAUCUCGUCGGCUUCGGGGGGAAGAGUUUGCUCUCUGCCCAGAACUCUGCUCUCGACACGCCUCUGCACUGCGCGGCGAGGGCGGGGCAUUGCAAGGCCGUGUCUGCUCUCGUCCAGCUCGCGCUGGACUACGGAGACGAGAGCGCGCUGUGGUGCAAGAAUGCGGCUGGGGACACGGCCCUUCAUCUGGCAGCGAGGCUCGGCCAUGGCGUGGCGGUUGAGGCCAUGGUCUCGGCGGCGUCUGGGCUGGCCUCUGAGGUCAACCACGCGGGCGUUUCGCCGCUGUACCUGGCGGUGAUGAGCAGGUCGGUGCGCGCCGUCAGAGCGAUAACGACCAGGUGCAGGGACGCGUCGGCCGCCGGCCCGAGCUCGCAGAAUGCGCUGCAUGCCGCCGUCUUCCAGGGCUCAGAAAUGGUUAGCCUGCUGCUGGAGUGGAAGCCAUGCGGCCCAUCCCUGGCUAGCCAAGCGGACGACACGGGCAGCACCCCGCUCCACUUCGCCUCGUCCGACGGCGACCGCUCCGUCGUAGGUGCCAUCCUGAGCGCGACGCCGCCGUGCGCGGUGCGCGUGCGGGACUCUGGCGGCCUCUCUGCUCUGCACGUCGCGGCCGGGAUGGGCCACGCCCACGUCGCCAUGGCGCUGGUGGACGCCUGCCCGGACGCUGCCGAGCUCCAGGACGACAGCGGCGGAACCUUCCUGCACGCCGCGGCCAGGGGAGGCCACUCGGAGGUCGUGCGGCUCGCCAUCAAGAAGCCGAUGCUGGGCGGCGGCGGCCUCCUGAACACGCAGGACGGGGACGGCAACACGCCUCUCCACCUGGCGGUGGCCGCGCGCGAGCCGGCCAUCGCGGAGGCCCUGCUGUGGACGGGCCAGGUGCGAGCCGACGUGACGAACAACGACGGCCACACGCCGCUGGACCUCGCCGCGAGAUCAACCGAUUUCUACUCCAUGGUGAGCCUGGUGGUGACACUGACGGCAUUCGGAGCGCAGUUCCGCCCGCAGAGGCGGGACCACGUGCAGCGAUGGGACAGCCGCAACAUGACAAAGGCAAUCGAGAAGACGUCCGACAGCCUCGCGGUGGUCGCCGUCCUCGUCGCCGGCGUGGCCUUCACCGCCGCCAACAACCUCCCCGGGUCGUACGAGCAGGAGGGGAACACAAAUGGGAUGGCGGUCCUCCGGAGGAAGACCAUCUUCAAAUGCUUCCUCAUCCUGGACGGCGUCGCCCUGGUGACCUCCAUCCUCGCGGUGGUCCUGCUCGUCUACGGCAAGGCCUCGCGCUCCGCCCGGUCGUGGAAAAGCUUCGCGGCGGCGCUGCAUUGCAUAUGGGCGUCCCUGAUCAGCAUGCUCCUGGCGUUCUACGCGGCCAUAGCAGCCGUGACGAGCACCACGGGGGUCUACGACAUCAGGGUCUUCGUCGUGAAUCUCGUCCUCGUCGUGCUCUUCAUCGUGCUCUCCGCCUUCGUCAGUCCUCCGGUGUCGCACCUCAUAAUGUGCAAGUUCCUGUGGCAAUGUGGCUUCAGAGGACGCCAAGGUGGUGUCGUCCGCAGGCGUAUCAGCCAGCAGUAUCCAGUCGUGGGUGCUUUCGUCUUCAACCUGCUUCUAUUCAGGGCUGCGCAUUACGUUAUACUGUUUGCCGGCUUCAUCAUUGUCUCCACCCUGCGUGGCGGCUCCGACGUUCGUUAGAGCAUGCUCACUAGUGUAGCCAGCUGCUUGCUAUUUGUUCUUGUCAUGUUAUCUAUAUUUGAUCUUAUAGGUAGCAUAACAUGUAUAGUAGUCAUAGGUAUGUGCAGACGACUAGGACUUGGACUAGGACUUGGGUUCCAUGGUGUAUACGGACCUGUACGGCACCGCCUCAAUCUGUAAACAAUCGCUGCAUCUCUGUAAUAUAAAUAUAUGUCAAGGUGUACCCAACUGGGCACCACGCAUCAACCAAUCCAUCUCUGUUUUUUA